CUAUCGAAAUUGUAGAGAGCGACGAAGAAGUAGCUCCGGUAAAAUUGAUAAAAAGAGUUGUUCGACCGCGAAAUAAUUCUUACAAAUUAUUAAAUUACAUACAUUAAAUACCUCGAAGUGCGGUUGCGUCAUAACGACAAACGAAAAGCGUUGAACAAAAAUAUAAACGUCUGUACCCAGUGAUUUUCGACUGCCCAGCAUAAUAUAUAUAGAUAUAUAUAUAAGUAUAUUAUAUACAUACAUACGAACAGAUGUACACAUAAUGUACACUUAAAGUAAUAUUAUUACAGUGAACGAGUGUUAAGUGCAAAUUUAGUGUGUGGCAAGCGCCUGAAAAACAUUGAAACAUUGUUUGGAGUUAAGUGAAGAUAGUGCAUUUUAUAUGGUCGCUUCUGCUGCUGCACAAAGGGCUGGGGCCGUUGGCUGCUGCUAGGAGUUGCCGUCGUCAUCGCAGUCGCCGUCGCCGUCGCCAAAAACUUUCGUCGUCUCCGCACAGCAUUUGGAGCCAGCCCAUUGUGCCCCGACGCGCUUCUCAAGCUGAUUGAGGAGCCCACAGUGGAAUGUUGGAAUACCCACAGCGAUUCGCGCGCAACAUCCCCAAUUCCUCUGGCAACGCACCGCCACAGCUGCCGCAGCAUCAGAACUAUCAGAGCUGUCGCCAAUUGGCACCGAACUCACCUGCUCACCAUCAGCGUCACUCUUCGCUGUCCCAACAGCAGCAGCACCAACAGCAACAGCAACAACAACUGCAACAGCAGCAGCAGCUAUCGCUGCAGCAUCAUCGCACACUGUCGACCGCCUCCAGCUGCAGUGCCCAGCACAAAAGUGUGACCUUUGGCCAGCCAGCGAGCAGCGGCUGCCCGGCGCCGAUCGACUACAGCAACGGGGGCAGCAGCAGCGGUAACUCCAGUUGCAGCAACGCUGGACAACAAUCAAUGGCGGGCAACAUGAAGCACGGCAAAUCUCAGGAAGACGUUUGCUACGUAGUAGCCAAAUAUGAUUAUGCAGCCCAGGGCGCUCAGGAGCUGGAUUUGCGGAAGAACGAGCGCUAUUUGCUGCUGGAUGACUCCAAGCACUGGUGGCGCGUCCAAAACAGUCGCAAUCAGUCCGGCUAUGUGCCCAGCAACUAUGUGAAGAAGGAGAAGCCCUCGCUCUUCGACAGCAUCAAGAAGAAGGUGAAAAAGGGUUCCGGUUCAAAGACGCUGCCCAAUUGUUCGCCCUCACGCCAAAUCGAGAGUCCAACCAUGUCGCGACGCUUGCCGCCCGAUCCGGCCGAGGCCAUCGGCACCGCCAUUGUCAAAUACAACUAUCAGGCGCAGCAGCCGGACGAGCUGUCCCUGACCAAGGGCACACGCAUACUCAUACUGGAGAAGUCGAACGAUGGCUGGUGGCGUGGCCAGAGCGGCAAUGCGGUUGGCUGGUUCCCCAGCAAUUACACAACCGAAGAUUGUGAUAACGAUGGCGAAAUACACACCUAUGCCAUGGCGGAGAACGUGCUGGACAUUGUGGUGGCGCUCUAUAGCUUCACAUCGAACAAUGAUCAGGAGCUGUCGUUUGAGAAGGGCGAUCGCCUUGAGAUUGUCGAUCGGCCCGCCUCCGAUCCGGACUGGUAUAAGGCACGCAAUAAUCAGGGUCAAGUCGGUUUAGUUCCACGCAAUUAUCUACAAGAGUUGAACGACUAUUUGGCCACGCCCUAUCGCAAUACCAGCGGCAAUGCUGGCAACGGCAAUGCCACCGGCAGCAACGGUGCCAACACCACCGGCAACGGCGGUGACUCCAUGGAGCGACGCAACGACUGCAACAACAAACCGACGCAGCCCAGCCAGCCCAUCGAGCGACCCAAUUUGGCUGGCAAAUCCUGGUACUACGGGGCCAUCACGCGCAGCCAGUGCGACACAGUUCUCAAUGGCCAUGGCCAUGAUGGCGAUUUCCUCAUCAGAGACAGUGAGACUAAUAUGGGUGAUUACUCGGUUUCCCUGAAGGCGCCCGGCCGCAACAAACACUUCCGCGUGCACGUGGAGCAGAACAUGUAUUGCAUUGGACAGCGCAAGUUUCAUUCGCUAGACCAGCUGGUCGAUCACUACCAAAGAGCGCCCAUCUAUACGAACAAGCAGGGCGAGAAGCUGUAUCUGGUGCGACCGCUGCCAAAGGCCAAUGGCACGUAAAGAGGGAAACAAACAAACAAACAAACAGAAAAUGAAAAACUCAACAUAGAUCAUCCAAUAUAUUACUCGUAAUAUAACUAAACAAAACAUACACAACAUAAUACAACUUCAAUGAUAUAGUACAUACGUAUUAACAUGGCAUAGAACAUAACAAAAAGCAAAGUAUGCUGCGCGCUGUCCAAAUCCUUUCUUCAGUUUUGUAUGCUUCGCGAUAAGGAGAGAGGGCGAGAGUAUCUAUAUGUAUAUAAAUCGGUUGAUUCAUGUUCGCUGAUUCAUGUUCGAAUGCGUAAUAGACAAACACACGGACUUUUUGUACUUUUAUAAAAUUUAUAUAUAUCUAAAUUAAUUAAUGCAUAAUUCGGCUAGCUUUGAUUAAUAACUGUUUUGUUAACAUUAGUUCGCUUGAUUUUCUUUGUGAACCAUGGAAGAAGAUGAAAGCAAGCGCAUAAGAAAUAUAAAUGAAAGAACCAAAGGCUUCUUUUUCUCUCGAAACACUCAAUUCUAGAUGUCAACAUGCAUUACAUUUACAUACUCUAUAUAUAUGUAUAAAUACAUAAUAUACGAUAUUUAAACAUUGUAGCCAAGUAUUGUGUACACAGCAAAGCGCUUUUAAAAACUGACUUAAGAUAUGUAGCCGUAUGUCUGUCUGUGUGUGUGUUCGAGUGCGUGUGUAUGAGUGUUUGGAUAUAUAGCACAAGAAGAAAUUCACUCUGUGCGUAUGCAUCUAUGUGUGUGUGUCUGAACCAUAUAAAUCUCACGAUCGAAGUCACAUAUAUGCAUAUGAAUAAAUCUACAGCCAAUCAUACCAAUAUCUUAUCGAGUAUGUAAAUAUGUAGGCAGAACGCUUACCCGCAAUCCAACAAAAUAUAGUAUAUCAAAAGCUGCUUAAAGAAAAACCCAAGAAGUUAAAAACAAAACAAAAAAAGACUAAUUGUGAAAACUUAAUUAGUUCUCUAAUUUGCUAAUAAGAUAAGAUGCUUCAUGACUUCAACUACACACACAUCCACAGUCACUUUUGUAUUGAACAUUUUUUUGAUUAUCAUCUAAAGAUAAUGUUAUAUAUUCUACAUACGGAAUAUCCACAAUAAUAAUAUCCAAAUACAAGCUGUUCUAGCCGCAUAAUUAUAAACAUAAUCAACAUCGUACGAAACACACAUACUUAAGUGGAGCCUCCCCCCUAUUAUACAUAAUUAAAUAAUAUAUAAAUAUACAUAUAUGAUACGCAUAUAAGCCAUACUGUACAGUUGAUGAUGCAAUGCCUAACCUAAGCACACUUUCGUAUAUAUACAUACUUUCUAUUUAUAGUUUACUCUUACUAUCAUUAGUUGUAUUAUUAUUAUAUAUUUAUAAAGAAGUAGAAGCAGCGAUUCCAGCUUUAAUUUUGUUUUUAAAUAUUACAUUUUGUUUGCCGUUUUAUUUUCUAAUUUUAUAUAUUAUUGAUUUGUUUUUGAUUUAGUCUAAGAUUUGUGAGAAGAGAAUAUCAAUCUGAUAGUUGGACCGAUGGAACAGAACGGUUAGAGCUAGUUGCUUUAGCAAAAGGCGCUGAGUGGUUUAACCAUAUGGUUAAAAGGACUUUCGACUUUAUUUCAUAUGCGAAUUUUAUAA